AUGUACUCUCUGGCAGCUUUGUCACUGGCUAUUGCUCUCCUACUGAUAUGGAGAUGGAAAGGACGUCGCUUCGGAAAGUUAACAUCGGGCGGGUUUGCGCAGGAGGAGAAGUUCGAUGAGAAGGUCUCUGUUGAGCCUUUGAGAGAUUUUGAUUGGCAACAGACCCCGCCAGCCAAGCAUCGCCCGUUCAAACCAGUCUAUCACAUCACAAUGGGCAAGUCGAAACCAUCAUGCAGCCUACAUGUCGACUCCGAAGUUAACUUCAACUAUCUUAACCGUGUCACCGAGCGCCGUCAAACCAUUCAACAGAACAUGCCCACGGUAUUGGGAGCUGUACCUGAGGGCAUACCAGCUCUCCACGAGACAUGGUCGUAUCUGCUUGGAGAUUACCUACCCACGCGUUACCCAACCAUGUUUUCACUGUCCGAAGACGGCCAAACCUUCCACAACAACGUCACCAAGACCUCGUUGCCUCUAACGCCGCCAGAAGAUCCGAACAAGGCACUGCAAGCCAUAGGAGAAACUGUGGAAGAUGAUAUCUUCCUUCUGGUCGAGACCCCAGAGGGCCACAGGGCAGUUGCGUUCGUCUGUUGCCACCCGGCCGGAUUCGAUCCUUCUGAUAAGCUGGGAAAGUUACUGAAGGACAUCCAUACGCCAGUGCCAUCGUAUGAGAAGAUUGGUGCGAGUAUGGAGCGCUUCUUCAGCCGUCUGCAAGUGGGGAAGAGCGUCAAGCGGAUGAACUGGUCAAUUUCUACAGAUGAGCGUCUGUUCAGUCCCAGCGGGCUGCACAUUUACGACGGUGACAAGCAUGAAGAGGAUGAGGACAUCGAUAUCAGCAAGACUCGGUUGAGACAAGAAUUGCAGACCUUGACUAGACUCCCGAAGACAGGCGCCAUCAUGUUCUCCUUCAAGACGUACCUGACACCACUGGAGGAGAUCAAGGACGAGGGCUUGGGGCCACAGGUUGCGGACGCCAUCGAAGGGCUCAAGACUGGCAAUGCACCAGGCAUGUGGGUGUAUAAGGGAGCAACGCGAUGGGGAAAGGGUGCUUGCGAGUAUCUACGCUCUUGA